UAAGCCAUCAGUCUAGUAGUCCACCAGCCUGCUCAUACCUCUGCUGUACAACACGAGACGGGAGACACCACAGACACAGACCAGCAAGCCCGCGCCCAUGAAUUCUUCUUCCUCGUACUCCGGCCCGGGGUACCAGGUCGCCACCUCCGACCACGACGACGACGCCGCUACCGCCGUCCUCCCGAGGCCCGCCGACGCUGCUCCCGUCGUCCUCCCGAAGCGCGCCGACGCCGAGGGCUUCGUCUCGUCCCUGCGCUCGCCGGACGACGCCGAUGCCGUGUGCAAGAAAUACGGCAUCCCGAGGGACCACUACACCGCGCGCCCCGCCGGCGACCUGCGCGCGUGCUCGCCCCCGCCGCCGGGGUGCGUCUGCGUGUACGCGCACGCGCUGGAGGCCGGGAUGCGCGUCCCGCUACACCCCUUCUUCUGCGAGGCGCUCGCCCACUUCGGCGUCGCGCCGACGCAGCUCGCGCCCAACGCGUGGCGCAUCAUGGCGGGCUUCCUCGUGCUCUGCCGCUCCGCCGGCGUGCCGCCGUCGCUCGCGGUGUUCCGGCGUUUCUUCCUGCUGUCCGUCCUCAACCUCAAGCACAAAAAAAGAUGGUACUACUUCAAACCCAGUUUCAGGGACGGCCCCGGCCUGCGCUUCACGGGGUUGCCAGAUUCCAUCUACGGCUGGAAGCGCGGCUUCUUCUUCCUCUCUUCGCCGACCCCGUGGCCUUGUCCCGUGGAGUGGGGCGAGCCGUCCAAGAGCUCCUUCAUGGAGCCGGUGCUUACAGACGAGGAGAAGAAAUCCGUGGCGAAGCUGCUAGGUGCUAACGGCGGCGCCGCCGUUGAUAUCAGGACAUGUUUGUGCGACAGCAACCUUGCCGCUGCCGUGGCAACUGCCGCACCUCCGCCGCCGCCCUCUACUCGUUCCAAUUCCAAAGGGAUGGAUUCCGCCGUCUACGACAUGAUGAAAACCAUGCUGGCGGAGAAGAUGGCCAGGCAAGCGUCGGCAUCGGCAAAGAAGGUGAAAGCAGAGCCAGGGUCGUCGCCGUUGUGCGGGAAGAAAGGGAACCUGGACGAUGCCAACGACGAGGACGCUCCACCUGCCGCCCGUGGCCACUCGGUGCCUACCAGCGUGUGUUCGCUACUGCCGGGGGCCUCUCGGCAGCCACAAGACUUCGCCGACGGAGACGGCACAGACUGGGAGGCUGCACGGGAGCUGCUGCAGGGCGCCGUCGCGCCACCGCAGCAGCGCGUGUUUGCGGCGACCGAGCCAUCAGACGUCGUCGCGUCGAGCUAUGUUGCGAUUCUCCAGUCGGCGAACUACGUGUCGUUCUCCUUGGACUACGCUCUGGAGCUGGAAGAGAAGCUGUUGGCGCGUGAGGCGGAGAUCGCCGCGCUGCAGAAGCAGCUGGAGGAGGCCAAGGGCGAGCUCGCCACGGCGAAGGUGCGGCGGAGGUAGUCCAGGAAGCACUUACCACCAGAGCAGUGGUGCCGCUCAAUGGCAGGAGUGCCCACGUCGCACCUUCAGCAAGUCCGGCAAGUCGUUUCAGCGUCCCACACACAUCUUUCGCGUGCUUCGCCACAUCGUAAUCGAGUGAUCCGUUUUCGUUGGGGAAACGUUUACACCCGCCGCACCGGCCGAGUCUUCCGCUGGUCAAGGGAGACGCGAUUCAAGGGUAGCCUGCAACAUUUCAAGUUUUAGCAUAAGACUCCUUGACUGUGUUGACCUCUGCA